AUGUUUAGUUUCCUUCUUAUAUUCGCGUGUUGCACAUCUCUAGUUGGAUCAUUAGCUAUCAAUCCGACACACACCGAUGGAAUGCAAUAUCUGAUUAAAAGUGUAAACAUCACAUACAACCAACGCAUUUCUGAUCAUAAUCAAUGCAGUGUCGAACUUCAAGAUCGACCAAAACAUUUAGUUGAAGGACAAGUUGUUAAAUUGAAGAGUAAAUUUUUUAAAGUGGAAGAAUGUCGAUUAAAUCGAGCUUAUCGGGCACCCUGCGGUUCGAGAUUGUUUUUUCAACUUCAAAACUUAGUUUGUGCAACCGCAAAACAAACUCUUCAUCAACGACAAGUGACAAAUUAUGAGCCAAUCAACUUUCUUCAAAGCUCGGGCUCGUCGGAAUGCUGUGAAACUGCUUGUACAAUCGCUGAAUUCUUUCAGUACUGUUCGUCGUAA